AUUGUAUUGCAAAUAUGCAAACAUAUUUGGAAAGAACAAACAGCGUAAAGCUUUCCUAAAAGUUAUGAAAAUAUUAGAAAAAGAAAAACUAAGGGGGUCUCAUCAUAUCUUUAUUUACAAUUCUUUAAUAUGUUUAUACUUUACUUCCACAUUCGUAAAUAUUUACGAAUGACGCAAAAGAAAAUAUGUGAUAAAGCUGGCAAAAGGUUUGUUCGUCUGAGGCGAAAUUAACCGCAUUCACAAUAAUGAAAUGGGUUCACAUAAAAGAGUGCAGAUCAACAAUUUUAAUUUUAUUAGAAAAUUGUUAUGAUUUGUAAUGUUUUUACAAAUUUUAAAUAAAUAAAUUUUGCAAUAUAUGCUUACAUUUAUACGUACUAACACCUUCACAACACAAUAUAUUGUAAUAUAAAAAAUGCUCUACUACGUUAAAAAAUAUAUACAUAUUUUUGUUUGUUUUGAAUUUUACGCAUGGCAACUUGAUGGUAUUUCAAGUUCACGAUGGUUAACAAAGGAUGCAAUUCCGUGCUGUCUGGUGAAGAUUAUUGGUUAUAAAAAAAUUAAUAUUUGUGUUUUAUGAAAAGUGGGACUUAUCAAGCAUUAUUGUGUUACCAGCUUCAUUAAGUUGGCAACGAAACAUAUUUCUUCUACAUUAAAGUCUUAAGUACAUUCAAUAGCAUAACACAAUGGACAAAUUACCUGGAUGUAAAUUGGAAUUCGUGCGCGAUGACGAUUAUGUGGAGUAUUUCAUUUUUCCAGAACUUCCAGAUAAUUUAACAAAUAUACAAAAUGAGUGCACAGAAUUAGAAAAUCUCAGCACAACAUUGCUGGCAUUUCAAAAGCAAUGCUUAGAAAUCGUUGACAAACGUGUGAAAAAUUACGGCUAUAUUUGGCACAAAGACGAAUUUCACUUGCAAAUACGUACUGAGUGUGCGCAGGAAAGAUUAUUGAACGAUGAAAUUAAUGUUGACUCCAACGAUGCUCCGACAGCGUUUCCUCUGCCCCCGCAUCUUCAUGGUGUUACGCAUUACGGUGAUAAUAUUGAGGACGAAUGGUUCAUAGUACACCUUUUGCAUGAGUUGACACGUGAGAUUUCCGGUUGUAUUGCGCGCGUCAUUGAUGCCGAUGGCGAAUUCCUUUUAAUUGAAGCUGCUGAUGCACUGCCUUCAUGGGCUAAUCCCGAUAAAUGUGAGCAAAGAGUUUAUAUUGCCAAUGGGCACAUGCAACUGGUGCAGAAAUUAACAUCAAAACCGUCAAAAAAGUUAUCAGUGUGCACUGCUUUGGAAAAUAUACGACAAACCCCUACACUCUAUCGUGUGGCAAAGGAAAUUCAAGAUUGCAUCGUUGAACGUCUAAAAGAUUUUACGGGUACAACCAAUCCAGCCAUACACCGGCAAAUUGUGCGUUUACCUUUGGGCGUUGCUGCACUACUCAAGGCACAGCCAUCAUUGAUUUCAUCAGCAGUGCGUGCAUUCUGUGAACGUGAUUCAAUUGACUUAAAAGCUUGUCGUUCAAUGCGUUAUUUUCCACCCGAGCAAUGCGUUCGUUGUAGUGUUCGUUUUACACGUUGUCUCUACGCCAUGCUAAUGCAUACUGAUUACAAACCCGAUCGAAAGGUUGGCUGGCAACUGGAUUUUAAUACAAAUUCGGAGCAAUACAAAGAGCAAAUUAUAGGUAUCAAAAUAGCUUGUGGUUUUGAAAUACUGGCAUCACAGGCUAAGAGUGCUGAUCAAGCAGAAAAUGAACCCGCCUGGCGUGCAUAUGUAAAUAAUUUGUCAUCAAAAGGGUAUUUUAAAGAAAAUUUAGAGGGUUCAGAGGAGUAUAAAAGGCUUUUUAGUGAUGCACGUACAUACUUUACCAAAAAUAAAGAACGUUUCCGAACAGCUCCCUUAGUGGGACGAGAAAUUCUUCAUUUGUUACAAAGCAUGGAAAUAUCUGCCGAUCUCUUUAGUGAUGAGGAAAACAAUUUAGAACCAAGUGAUUCAGAUGAUUGGUUAAACAUUAGCGCCGAUCAAUUGGAUGCAAUGCUCAUAGAACGUUAUGGCCCUAAAAAAUUAUAUAAGCCAAAUGGUGACAUAAACGCCGACGAAUUCACAAGAAAUAUUGCCGAUUUCCUUGAAAAAGAAUCGUUAUACGAAGGUAUUGGUGAUGAUGACGACGAGGACGAAGGCGAUGACACAGAAUCAGAAUCGGAAGAAAUUGAAAGUGCGGCAAGUUCAAAUAGAAAAACAAAAGAUGAAUCGAAAACAAAAGUUAGAAAAAAUCACUCCAUGCGCAAAGCUUGCAAUCGUAAUUCAAUUAUUAAAGAAAAAGCAAAGGAGAACACCAAUCAAAAAAAUAAAAGUUGCGAGUCUGAAGAUAGCACACAUGUACGAAACUUUUUGGAUUUCGUUAUACCCGAAGAUAAGUGGGACUCCAAUUCCGAAAUGAGUGAUUACGAAGAUGACGAUAAUUUAGAGCAUAAUUUCGAAGCAAUGUCGAAAUCGGAUAAGAACAUAGAUAAGCGUAUCAAAAAGUAUAUGGACCAAAUGGAUAAAGAGUUGGCCAAUACUACAAUUGGAAAGAGUUUUGAAAAUAAAAACGCAACCAAAGGAACUGAUGAUGAUUUUGAUGAUAUCGAAACUUUUCAACCCAUCAAUAUAAACGUUAACACUUUAAAAAAUAUAGUAGCUAGUUACAAAUCACAAUUGGGUGGACCAGGACCAGUUUCGAAUUUGUUGAACGCAAUGGGUGUGGGUAUGUCAACCACGACCGCACUGGACAGUGACGAUGAUGAAGCGGACGAAGCGUUAAAAGAGUCUAGAGUGUAAAUUAAAUUUAUGCACUUUUGAGUGUGUUAUUUACAUCUCUUUCCACUCUUCCAAUAUGUUUGCAUAUGAGUACUUAUUGCAAAAACUUUUGCGCACAUCUAAAAAUUGUAACCAUUUCAUUAACUAUAAGAUGUCCCAAUCAAAGUCAAAUGUAAGCCCAUAUCCUACAAAUGAAUUUAUCGAAAAAUACAUCUUUUGAAGAAUACAUUUUGAGCAAACAUUAUAUAAUAUAAUUAACAUGCAAUUAUUUAUUUGUUCAUAAUAAGACGAAUGAAAGAAAAAAUGUCAUCAAUUUGAAAGAAAUAGCCUUGAAUAAACCUAAUCUUGCACCACAUA